AAAUAGUUGCGAGCCGUUGUGAGGACUUGGCAUGUGGCCGCGCAAUACGCUCGCAAUUGCAUGAUUGCUUCAGAUACAGCAGUUAAAAUGUCUGGGCAGAGAGCGGCGAAGCGCGCAAAGGUCGCGGCGCCGGAGGCGCCCGCACCUGCCGUGCCCUCGGAGCUGCCUCUCGAGCCAGUGCCCGGUGGGGUCAGCAGCUUCUUGCAGUCGUGGGCCUGGAAGCGCGAGCACAGGCCUGACCGCGACCGCUUCCAGCGGCCGUACGUGCACUCACUGGCGGACGGCCGCAAACUCACGGUGGAGCAGGCCCGCUUCAAGGGCAGCGAGGGCUUUGCCUCCACGGUAUGGGACUCAUCCAUUGUGGUCGCCAAAUACCUGGAGCGACACGCAGAGGCGCUGGUGCUGGGCCGGCGGCUGCUGGACCUGAGCGCCGGCUGCGGCCUGCCGGGCCUGACUGCGGCGGCGCUGGGCGCGGGCUGCGUGGUGGCCACUGACCUGCCGCCCAAUCUGCCGCUGCUGCUGCGCAACGCCGAGCGCAACGGUGUGGCAAAGGUGGUGCGUGUGGCGGAGCACUGGUGGGGCGGCGACGUGGCGCCGUUGGAGGGACUGGCGGGCGGCGGCGCCUUUGACCUGGUGCUGGCCUGCGAUGUCAUGUAUGUGGAGGAAGCUAUCCCCGCACUGGUGAGCAGCCUGGCGGCCCUCUGCGGCGGCAAAUACAACCCACCGCCGGAGCAGGAGCAAGAGCAGGCAGCCGCAACCUCCCGACGGCGCAUGAGCGAGGCGCAAGGCGGUGAAGACAAUGAGCGCGCUGCAACGGACGGGGCCGCCAGUGCCAGCGUAAACGACGGCAGGCGCCCAGGCGUCUGCACAGGCGGCGCGUCCGGAGGCGCGGGAGGCGUCGGCAGUCCUGAGACGGGCCCCCGCCACGGCCGCGGGCCUACAGUGGUCCUGAUGGCGCAUGGGCGCAACCGGUUUGCGGAGGCGGCGUUCUGGCGGCAUGCGGCGGCGGCAGAUCUGGUGGCGGAGCGGGUGCCUGGGUCGGAAUUGGAUCCUGUGUAUCAGUGCAGUGACGUAGACGUGUUUCGGUUGAGGCUGGGGCGGCGAGCGAACGGUGAGAGCGGGAGUGGGAGAAAGGAGGUGGAGAUUGAGGAGGAGGGGGUUUGAAGUAGGGGAAGGUGGGGGCAGCUGCAGUGGGCGGAGACGCUUGACAGGGACAGCAAGCGAUGUUGCAGCAAGGCAGCCGCGAAUCAAGCAUGUUAGGUGCAUGGAGGAGUGGCCGCGGCCAUAAGAAACUUCGUCAGGCGCUGUUACAGCUUUUGACCAUUUGUCUGGGGGCACGUUGAUGUGAACAGGCCAUAUGACAAACAUGGUGGUAAGGAAGGUGGGGG